UGGAAGCGGGCAGGAAUGUUGGCGCGGUGUGCCCGCUGUUUGUUUGGGGCAGCGGCCUCUCCACAGGGACCACAGUGCCCUAAAUAUAGGCCCGGACAAGAGGCCUGGACGGCUGCCCGGGAAAAAGGUGGGAGGGGUCCCUUAAAAGCCCCUCCGGAGACACAGAGCGAGCAGAGCACCGGGAAUGGCAAAGAGAAGAGCAUAGGAAGGGCUUGGCUGGGUGGCCUGGGGCUCCGUCAGAACAUCCUCCCCCCGUUGACCCUUCAGAGCUCGGCACGGCUGUGGUCUUCUCUGCUGUCUCCGCUCCGACUUCUGGUCCGAACUCCAUCGCCCCAUGGAGAAGGCCCGCGGACUCUUUGGCGACAACCUCGGGGGCUUCAUGCGCCCCUGCAACGAGCCCCUCGGCUUCUCAGGCAAGUGGGAACAAAGCCACGGGUGGAGGAGAGGAAAAGCAGAGUAGAAGGACGUGCCGGGGGGACGGGGAACAUCAAGACCCUGGGGGACACCUACCAGUUUGCGGUGGACGUCAGCGACUUCUCUCCGGAGGACAUCAUCAUCACCACUUCCAAAAACCAGAUUGAGGUCCAUGCCGAGAAGCUGGCCUCGGACGGGACCGUCAUGAACACCUUCACCCACAAGUGCCAGCUGCCGGAGGACAUGGACCCGGCCUCGGUCACCUCCGCCCUGGGCCCCGACGGCUCCCUGACGGUCAAGGCCCGCAAGCGUCCGGCCCGGCCCCCCGACCAGCAGCCCCUCCAGCAGACCUUCCGGACCGAGAUCAAGAUCUGAGCAACAGGGGGUGGGUUGGGGGGUGAGUGGGGCAGGGUCUCCCGUUGUAUAUUUUUGGUGUUGCUGCUGUUGCCGUGUUUUCUGGGGUUGGGAGAGUGUGACUGGCCCAAGGCUUCCAUGGCUGAACACGGAUGUGAACCUGGCCACUUCAUCACAUUUAUUAAAUUUCACUUAAAAUCCAGUAA